UGGCUGAGCCCAACAGCGCCCUUCAGCCCAGUGGGCGGCCGCCUGCGAGUCGGCUCCGGGCCUGCUCUCGGCGGCGGCGGGUGAAGCGCUCCCCGGGAGCCCGCCACCCAGCCGUCCACCCGCGCGCAGCCCAAUCAGGAGACAUGAUGAACAUCAAGGCCUUCACCUUGGUCUCUGCGGUGGAGCGGGAGCUGCUGAUGGGUGACAAAGAGCGCAUCAACAUAGAAUGCGUGGAGUGCUGUGGCCGGAACCUCUACGUGGGCACCAACGACUGCCUCAUCUAUCACUUCCUGCUGGAGGAGAAGGCUUUGCCCGCAGGGACAGCCGCCUUCACUGCCACCAAGCAGCUGCACAGACACCUGGGCUUCAAGAAGCCCGUGAGCGAGCUGCGGGCGGCCUCGGCCCUCAACAGGCUGCUGGUGCUGUGUGACAACUCCAUCACCCUGGUCAACAUGCUGAACCUGGAGCCCGUGCCCUCGGGGGCCCGCAUCAAAGGGGCCACUGCGUUCGCUUUGAACGAGAACCCCGUGAGCGGGGACCCGUUCUGCGUGGAGGUGUGCAUCAUCUCCGUCAAGCGCAGGACCAUCCAGGUGUUCCUGGUGUACGAGGACCGCGUGCAGAUCGUCAAGGAGGUGUCCACCCCCGAGCAGCCGCUGGCCGUGGCUGUGGACGGCCACUUCUUGUGCCUGGCGCUGACCACGCAGUACAUCAUCCUGAACUACAGCACUGGCCUCUCCCAGGACCUGUUUCCCUACUGCAGCGAGGAGAAGCGGCCCAUCGUGAAGAGGAUAGGCAGGCAGGAGUUCCUGCUGGCUGGCCCCGGMGGCCUGGGCAUGUUUGCCACCGUCGCAGGGAUAUCCCAGCGUGCUCCUGUGCACUGGGCGGAGAAUGUCAUUGGGGCAGCUGUUUGCUUCCCAUAUGUCAUAGCGCUCGAUGACGAGUUCAUCACAGUCCACAGCAUGUUGGAUCAACAGCAGAAACAGACCCUGCCCUUUAAGGAAGGCCACAUCCUACAGGACUUUGAAGGAAGAGUGAUUGUUGCCACAAGUAAAGGAGUUUACAUCUUGGUUCCAUUACCUCUGGAAAAACAAAUACAGGAUCUACUAGCGAACCGAAGAGUGGAGGAGGCUUUGGUUUUAGCAAAAGGAGCCCGGAGGAACAUUCCGAAAGAAAAAUUUCAGGUCAUGUACCRAAGGAUUCUGCAGCAGGCGGGCUUCAUCCAGUUUGCACAACUUCAGUUCCUGGAAGCUAAAGAGCUGUUCAGAAGCGGCCAGCUUGACGUCCGGGAGCUGAUCUCUCUCUACCCCUUCCUGUUGCCUACCUCCUCUUCAUUCACUCGGUCCCACCCUCCUCUUCACGAGUACGCAGACCUGAACCAGCUGACCCAGGGGGACCAGGAGAAGAUGGCCAAGUGCAAACGCUUCCUCAUGAGCUACCUGAACGAAGUCCGCAGCACAGAGGUCGCUAAUGGCUACAAAGAGGACAUUGACACAGCUUUGCUCAAGCUGUAUGCAGAGGCUGACCACGACAGCCUGCUGGACCUCCUGGUCACUGAGAACUUCUGUCUUCUGACGGACAGUGCUGCCUGGCUAGAGAAGCACAAAAAGUAUUUUGCACUUGGACUGCUCUAUCAUUACAAUAACCAAGAUGCCGCYGCACUGCAGUUGUGGGUGAACAUCGUGAACGGGGACAUCGAGGACUCCACGCGCGCAGACCUGUAUGAGUACAUUGUUGAUUUUCUCACCUACUGCUUAGACCAGGAGCUGGUGUGGACCUACGCCGACUGGGUCUUGCAGAGAAGUGAGGAGGUUGGCGUUCAAGUGUUCACCAAGAGACCUUGGGACGAACAGCAGRAGAAUAGUUUUAAUCCAGAUGAUAUUAUCAGUUGCCUUAAGAAAUACCCUAAAGCUCUUGUUAAAUAUCUGGAACAUCUCGUUAUUGACAGGAGGCUGCAGAAAGAAGAGUACCACACCCACUUGGCGCUGCUCUACCUGGAGGAGGUGCUGCAGCAGAGGGCGGCUGCCGGCAGCCAGGGCUCGGAGCCCAGCGAGACACAGACCAAGCUUCGGCGCCUGCUCCAGAAAUCUGACCUGUAUCGAGUCCACUUUCUGAUAGAGAGGAUCCAGGGCGCCGACCUGCCCAUGGAGAGCGCCAUCCUCCACGGGAAGCUGGGCGAGCACGGGAAAGCCCUGCACAUCCUCGUGCAUGAGCUGGGGGACUUCUCGGCGGCCGAGGACUACUGCCUGUGGAGCUCCGAGGGCCAGGACGCACCCUGCCGCCGGCACCUCUUUCACACGCUGCUCGCCAUGUACCUGCACGCCGGCCCGGCUGCCCACGAGCUGACCGUGGCUGCCGUGGACCUGCUGAAUCGCCACGCCACGGAGUUUGAUGCCACGCAGGUGUUGCAGCUGCUGCCUGGCUCCUGGUCGGUGCAGCUGCUCUGCCCAUUCCUGACUGGGGCCAUGAGGGACAGCAUCCAUGCCAGGAGGACCACGCAGGUGGCUGUCGGCUUGGCCAGGUCGGAAAACUUGAUCUACACCUACAAUAAGAUGAAGUUGAAAGGAAGCGCAAUCUGGCUCUCAGACCAAAAGCUUUGCCAGCUGUGCCAGAAUCCCUUUGGCGAGCCUGUGUUUGUCAGAUACCCAAAUGGAGGGCUUGUGCACACCCACUGUGCCACCAACAGACACACGACGCCCAGCUCGCCCAGUCCUGGCACCCGGACUUGAAAAGCUUGGCCCAAGCACACAAGGGGGACUCUGAGGUCUUUUCUAAGCCUGCUGGACACCAAGAGCAGACAGCUGCCACACUUCAUGCCAGCAGGACAAAGGGAAGACACCUGGGUGCCGGGGACACAGCAGUCCCUGUGAAACAAGGACACCUCACUGCUGAUCCUUCUUGGUAUGAAUGUAAAUGGAGAUCCCUGAGAAUCCCGGAAGUAGGCCCGAGUUCCCUGGUCCAGAAACACAGUCAUCCAGAAYGGAGGU